CUUCUUUUUUUUGAGCAAAGCUUUCUUUCUUUCACUUUUUGUCUAAAUUGCUUUGGUAUUAUUAUAUAAAUCACUUCACAUUUUCCAAGGAUUUGCAAUCUCCUAAGUUUAUUUUGGGCUCUAGAACAACAGUCAACAAGCAAAUGCCAAUCACAUUCCAUUGUGCAAAGAAGUGAACCUUUUUCAUACAGAAGAACAAAACUGGAAAUCCCCAACUUUCGUUUCCAUUUUUGUUGCUUCAUUUCACUUCCAAGAUGCUUCCUUUCACCUGCAUUCUCUUCAUGUGCAUCUUGGCUUCAGUUUCAAGAGCUACCUUCAAUCUUAGUCUCCCUCAUCAACACCCUCACCCUGAAUCCGUUGUUCUUGAUGUUCAAUGGAGCUUAAAUGCAUCUUUAUCUAGAAGACAAACAUUGUCUGAAAACACCAAAGAUCAAUGUCGAACUGGAAACCCCAUUGAUGAUUGCUGGAGAUGUGACCCCAACUGGUUCAAUAACCGUCAACGCUUAGCCGACUGCUCCAUCGGCUUCGCACGAGGCACCCUCGGCGGCAAAGGCGGUCGGAUCUACACCGUCACCGAUUCCUCCGACCACGACACCGUUAACCCCAAACCAGGCACCCUUCGGCACGCCGUCAUCCAAGACGAACCCCUUUGGAUCGUCUUUUCAACCAACAUGGUCAUCAAACUCAAACACGAACUCAUUUUCAACUCUUUCAAAACCAUUGACGGUAGAGGGGUUAACGUCCAUAUAACCGGAAAUGGGUGUUUAACGUUACAGUACGUGUCGCAUAUUAUCAUCCAUAAUAUCCAUGUUCACCAUUGUAAACCUUCGGGGAACACUGACAUUGCUUCAUCUCCGACGCAUGUGGGGAGGAGAGGGAGAUCGGACGGUGAUGGGAUCUCCAUUUUUGGGUCUCAGAAAAUCUGGGUUGAUCAUUGUUCUUUAAGUUACUGCACCGAUGGGUUGGUUGAUGCUGUUAUGGGGUCCACUGGGAUUACCAUUAGUAAUAGCUAUUUUGCUCACCAUGAUGAAGUUAUGCUCCUGGGACAUGAUGACAGGUAUUUGCCUGAUUCAGGGAUGCAGGUGACGAUAGCAUUCAAUGUAUUUGGGGUGGGAUUGGUGCAAAGGAUGCCAAGGUGUAGGAGAGGGUAUAUUCACGUGGUCAACAAUGAUUUCACUUCAUGGCAAAUGUAUGCCAUCGGCGGCAGCGGUAACCCUACCAUCAACAGUCAAGGCAAUCGCUACUCUGCCCCUGGGGACCCCAGUGCUAAAGAGGUGACAAAGCGCGUGGAUACUGACGAGAAGGAUUGGACAGGUUGGAACUGGAGAACAGAUGGGGACAUAAUGGUCAAUGGAGCGUAUUUUGUACCCUCAGGAGCUGGCGUAAUGACUCAAUAUGUUAAAGCUUCCAGCGUGGAGCCUAAAUCAGCUACCCUCGUUGAACAACUCACUUCAAACGCUGGCGUUUUUGGUGAGACCAGGGAAGAGACAGGGAGCUAUUCUUAUCCUGGGUACACCGGCACGACCAACGCCGGCAGUGGUGGCCGUGGUGGUUCCAGUGGCAAUGAUGGUGACUUCUUCGGAAUGAUAUUUGGGAGCGGCGCGCCACCACUCCCACCAUCUAGAUUAAUAGCCUCAAUCUUCUUGUCCUUUUUAAUUAUUUUGUUUUUGCAUUCAACCACCCACCAAGGUGUUCUACCAUUAUUAUUGUUGUAGUAUACAUUACAAAAGAAAGGGAAUCAAUGAUAAUUAAUAUAAGAAAUGAAAUUUGUUCUUUGAUUUGUUCGGUACAAA